GACAUGUACACUGAUCAUCAGGGCACUGAUCAGUGUGCCCUGAUGAUCAGUGUAGCCCCAGCAAUGCCAGCUGUCAGUGUCCAUCAAUGCCAGCUGUCAGUGCUCAUCAGUGCCACCUGCCAGAGCCCAUCAGUGAACACAUCAAUGCCACAUAUCAGUGCCUACCGGUGCACAUCAAUGCCACAUAUCAGUGCUCCUAUCAGUACCAGUCAGUGCCACCUAUCAAUGCCAAGUCAGUGCCACCUAUCAGUGCUGCCAAUCAGUGCCACCUAUCAGUGCCAGUCAGUGCCACCUAUCAGGGCUGCCAAUCAGUGCCUCCUAUCA